CGGUUGCCCUGCGGCAUGUUUGUUUAAAAUAUUUGCGUUAGCUACUACAACUAAUAUGCAUUGAAUUUUAAAGCGACGCAAAUGUAAAACAAAACGCAAGAAACAGCAACAAAACGGCAAAUAUUUCUAUUUACCAGCCAACAACAUCAUCUGUAUACGUCGGCUUCUUGCAAGAGCAGAAAUGAGAAGUUAGCAAAAAAAAAAACAAGAGGAAUUUACUGCGUAUUGAUUUUCUCGGCGUGCGGCGUACGAAAAACGCAACAAAAAUCAACCACUUAUUCUUUACCAACAAAAAACAAUUUUACAAAGCCACUUGGCGUCAAAUCGUCAAUUUCUUAACGGUACAGCGUUAACAGAAAUAGCAACUACAACAAGAAUGUAGAGAAUAUGCAAUAAGGCUGGAGUUGUUAGUGAUUAAUUAAGCCAGCAUCUUUGAGCGAGAGAGCGCUCUCCAGUACCACAGUACAACAACAAAAAGCGAAAGUUAACGUGUAUAAGUGAAUGUGUGUGCGUGUGCGCGUGUGUGUACUCGUACGUGUGCGCGUGUAGUAAGAUGCAAAAAUAAAAGGCAAACGAUUAACAAACAAAGCAGAGGAAAUGUGAAAUAUGUGGCCCCAAAUCUGCUUAGUUGUGCGAAUAUGUGAUGCCGCCAAUCGCCGUUGAAAAGUUUACGGGAAGCAUACGAGGAAUUUAACGCGCCAGAGUCUUUGCCUGACGCCCAGCUCUUUGGGAGUGGCCCAGAUCCAGAUCCUGCCCGGGCAACCGGCACAAUUUGAUAUUACAUUGCAAUUGGAUUUUUUUUUGCUUUUGCUGCAAGAGGACAGAAAAUGUGGAAACCGUCAAACAACAAAUACGGCGUCGCCAUACACAACUGGCAUGGCGAUGUCCGCUUCGGUCUGCCCCUGGAUGUGGGCGAUUCCGUGGACAUUGUAGAAGAGUGUACGCAUUGGUAUCGCGGCUCCUGCCCGCGCCAGUCUCGAGCCGUCGGCAUCUUCCCCAAGACCUACAUACACAUCAAGGAUCUGUCAAAGAUAGAUCCAGUGGUCGCGGAAUGUACGCAGGUGCUACGGGAAUGGUCGGAGAUUUGGAAACGCCUCUAUGUGGAUCGCGAGGCAUACAAAUUUGAAACGUUGCGCAAGGUCAUGUACUCCAUAUUGGAUAGUAGACGUGAGCUGCUAAGCGCUACCAUGACCCAAGAUCAGACACUCGCACUACAAAUGGUAGUCGUCUCUAAAAUAGACUGGGGUAAUCGUAAACUUGGACUCGAUCUGGUACCACGUGUGGGUCCCCUCGCCGUCGAUCCGCACGGCAUUGGCAUCGUUAAGCUCUAUAAUGUGCACGUGACCAGUGCAGAUAAUGCCAAAGCAUCUUCGAGUCGAGGCACGCUGCGCCGCAAAACACAACGCAAGAUCCUCACACACCAUCUGUACUUCUGCAUGCGUGAUUUUGGACAUCGCAUUGGGGGUGAUGAUGCAGAGGUGUAUUUCUUCCUAUACGAUGGGGCGCGUAUGCGUGCGCUUUCGGAACGGUUUUUGGUGAAAAUCUCCAAAGAUGGCUUUUCCAACUAUAUAGAGAAGCUACAUAGUAACUGCACUGUAUUCACAGAUUUGGGUGCCGCCGAUCUCAAUGAAGAGCUGCAUCUGGUCGCCGUUGUAAUGCGUGUAGGCAAGAUAAUACAGUCUGAUUCGAUAAAGAAGAUCGAAAAGAAUAAUGCCUCAGCAUCGGGAGCAACAUAUCGACGUCCCUUUGGCGUGGGCGUACUGCAUCUAAGUGAUAUUUCUCAUUUUGAUAGCAGUAUGGACUCUGAAGAACGCGAGUACAACUUCAAGAUCUAUCAGAGCGAGGAAAAGGACUUUCAUCUGCUGCACGAACUUAUUAUCAAAAAGUCGACCGGCAAAUACUCACCGAUUCAAACAGGCAAUCAAAACACGCAGGGCAUUUCGGUCUCGCUAAAGCUUCUGCACGGGGGCUUAGGCCAGGCUCGUCUAGAGCAACCGCUGCUAUUUCAAGGUACGACCAUUACACGCAAGAUGGGCUUCCCGGAUGUCAUUAUGCCUGGAGAUGUACGCAACGAUCUCUUCCUGACAUUGGAGCGCGGCGAAUUCGAACGAGGCGGAAAGAACACGGGCAAGAACAUCCUCGUCAAAGUCCUAGUGCUCGAUGUUUCCGGCAAUGUGCUAGGCGAUUGUUUAUGGGGUGCCUCCGGCAUGGAUGCACAACAUCACUACAAAUCCAUGAUAUUGUAUCACCAGAAUGCGCCCAGCUGGAAUGAAAUGCUGCGCUUAAGCGUUCCCAUCGACAAGUUCGCCACGGCGCAUGUGCGAUUUGAGUUCCGGCAUUGCUCCACACGUGAAAAGUCGGAGCCGAAGCUGUUUGCUUUCAGUUUCGCACGCCUAAUGGAUCCCAGCGGCGCCACAUUGACCGAUGGCCAGCAUGAACUAUACGUUUACAAAUGCGAAGAUGUGGCUAAGCUGCAGGCAGCUAACUAUAUGAGGCUUCCAUGUAAGGCCAGAGAUGCACAUGUGAAGCCGGAUGGCAAUUCGAGCUUUCAUCGCAGCUCCAAGGAAGUGUUUGUCGUGCGCUCGCUUUUGUGCUCUACCAAGUUGACACAGAACGCAGAUUUACUUUCCCUGCUGCAAUGGCGGGCUCACCCCGAGACCAUACAGGACUCGUUAACGGGUGUACUGCGUCUAGACGAUGAGGAGCUGGUAAAGUUUUUGCAGGACGUAUUGGAUGCACUCUUCGCUAUGUUCUCCAACGAGGAGGGAAACAGCACGCAGCACUCGGGCCUGGUGUUCCAUGUGCUAGUAAGCAUCUUUAGUCUAUUGCAGAGCAACAAGUUCCAGCACUUUCGUCCGGUCAUGAACGAAUACAUUGAAAACCACUUUGCAGCGGCACUCGUUUACAAAGGCCUCAUAACGUCGGUGGAGCAUAUGGCUGUAUUCAUGACCAAGGCUGAGCAUCCUGAUCCGUUUCAAAAGUGUUUCGGUUCCCUGGAGUACAUCUUCAAGCUACUUAUUCAGUCGCGCAAGCUUUUUGCGCGUGCCACAGGAGGCCAGUACGAGGAUUCAUUCCGACGUGAUCUGCACUCCUUGUUCACAGCUUUGAAUGGCAUGCUAGCAGUACCUUCGGAUGAUGUUAUCAUACCCACUCAAGAGGCGCUGCUCAAUUCAACGGGCGUUGUGCUCGAGCAGCUUAAGGACACCCUGCCAGCGCCGGAGUUGGGAAUGCUGGCGCGAAACAUGCUGGAUGCCAUUCCACGUGGAGCACCCGCACGCCUCAUUCAAGCCAAACUGAAUGCUGUCAAGGAUCUGGUAUCGGGCGAACUGUUUCAUGAGGAUGACUCGCGAACGGUGGUUCUAUCAGUGGCGUGCAAGCAUCUGCGCAUGCACCUUGGCCGCCGCGAUGAGCUUCGCCUGUGUGCUGAAAUUCUCUCGGAAAUAUUAUCACACCUGCAUGAACUGCAACGCGAACAACGAGAAAAAGUCACCAAUACUCUACAGCAUGAUCUGGACUCGCUGUGCAAAAACAUUCUCGGCAUUCUAAUACGGACCAUAAGCAGCAUCAAAGAGGGCUCAAACGCAGUGCUGCCUCAACUUGUUGCUUGUCUGUUGGGCCUGCUACAGCUACUGGACGAAACGCAAUAUAAGCGCUACUGGGACGAGCUAACGCCCAACAAAGAUCCUCGUGAUCUGAAGGAGUUCCUUAGUAUGUCGCUGCUUGUUUAUGAACAGCUACUUAAAGAUGAUUGGGUGGUUUUCCCCACCGAUUGGCUGGUUAUGAAAUUGGCCUCCAACGAUGUCCUACGUAAAUCGCUGGAGGAGUUUGCUAAGCCGCUUGUAUAUAGGUUUCUUGGCCCGCAAGCCUUUGAUUCACAGCUGUGGUGGUCCUACUUCAGCCUAGCUGUUGCUUUCCUCACACAACCAUCGCUGCAACUAGAGCAGUAUCGUGAGCUAAAACGCCGAAAAAUAUUGCACUCGCACGGCGAUAUGCGAGUGCUAAUGGGCUUCCAGAUACUCAGUAUGUGGUCGCAGCUGGGCGAUCAGAAGCUGCACUUCAUACCCUCAAUGGUUGGCCCCUUCCUGGAGGUAACGUUGGUUCCGGAGCCCGCAUUGCGAAAGGCAACACUCUCGGUGUUCUACGAUAUGAUGCAAUGCGAGCAGGGCGCACGCGGCUCCUUCCGCCUUGUGGAGAGCGAGCUCAUCGAUAAAUUAGAUUUGCUGAUAAGCGAGAAUAAGGGAGACGAUGAGUAUCGGGAACUGUUUAGCACCAUGGAACAUCUCAGCUUGGUCCUUCUCGAAAAAGUGAAGUCCGAGAAUCCCAGUUGGAAGGACGCAGGAACGGCCUUCAUAGCCUCCGUGACCCGAUUGCUGGAACGUCUUCUAGAUUACCGCAGCGUUAUGCAGGGUGAGGAGAACAGAGACAAGCGGAUGACAUGCACAGUGAAUUUGUUAAACUUCUACAAGAACGAAAUAAAUCGAAAGGAGAUGUACCUAAGAUACAUCUAUAAACUCCACAACUUGCACUUGCAAGCGGAGAACUUCACAGAGGCCGGGUACACGCUUAAGCUCUAUGCUAGCAUGCUGAGCUGGGACCGAGAAACGCAAAGCUUUGCGCCAUUCGAUAAUAGUGGCCAACCAGAGUGGCUACGUAAAGAGCGUCUUUAUCAUGAGAUACUCAAAUAUUUCGAUAAGGGGAAAUGUUGGGAGAAAGGCAUACCUCUGUGCAAGGAGCUAGCGCAGUUGUACGAAACCCGUUGCUUCGACUACAACAAGCUCAGCGAAAUCCUCAUUCUGGAGGCCAAGUUCUUUCAGAAUAUCUUAACACAGCUGCGACCGGAGCCGGAAUACUUUCGUGUUGGCUUUUACGGCAUGGGAUUGCCGCUCUUUGUGCGGAACAAACAGUUUGUGUAUCGUGGCCUGGAGUACGAGCGCAUUGGCGCCUUCACGCAGCGACUGCAAACCGAAUUUCCUGCUGCACAAAUACUGGGCAAUAACAGUCCACCAGAUGCAGCCAUUCUGAAUGCACCCGAGCAAUACAUACAGAUCAGUAAUGUGCGGCCGGUGGGUGAUGCGCACGCGCUGAAGACAGCCAUGUUACCGGUGCCGGAGAAGAUAGCGCGCUUCUAUGAGGUGAAUGACAUAACUCGCUUCAUAUACGACAGGCCCAUCUAUAAGGAACCCAUCGACAAAGACAACGAAUUCAAGUCGCUGUGGAUCGAACGCACUACUCUGGACAUAACCUGUCCGCUACCGGGGAUCUUGCGCUGGUUCGAGGUGAAGCAAAAGUCCGUGCAUGAAAUAACCCCCGUUGAAUAUGCCUGCGAGACAAUUAGUAAUGCGGGCAAGGAGCUUGCCGAUCUCACUGUACAAUAUCGACGUGAUCCCAAACGUAACAUCAACCCCUUCUCCAUGCGUCUACAGGGUACCAUUGAUGCCAACGUCAUGGGUGGCAUUAGCAAAUAUCAAGAGGCUUUCUUUUCUGAACACUUCCUCAAGUCUCCCCAAGGUGCUGGCCAGCAGGCGAAAGUGCAGCGACUCAAAACAUUGAUACUGGAGCAAAUACAGAUCCUGGAACAUGCUCUCGAGCUGCAUGGCCAACUGGCGCCUAGUGGUGUUCAGCCACUGCACAAUCGCCUGCUGGAACGGUUUUCGCAACUGAAGCAGAGUCUUUCGGGCAUGGGUCGCCUCAAGCGGCAGCACUCCGAGAGCAUCGUAAAUACACCGCUACCACCGCUCCCUACAGAGAAGCGCACUCUUAGCUUGGGCAGCACCGGCUCAUCGUCGACAGCUCAGCAACAAGGCGCUGGCGCAAACAUCCUUGCCAAUCCCAACUAUGCCUAUGAACUGGACGAAAUAUACACACGCCCCGGUGAGACUCCGCGUCCAGUGGAUGCGCUCAGCUCAUAUCAAACACUAAGCAAAGAAAGCCUGAGCAUACCCGAAUUAACGCGAAGCGGCAGCAUGACAGAUGCACCCCCGAUACCCAAUCGGCCGCGUUCCCAGAACUUUAUUGCCGGCAAUAAUGGCCUAGUUGUGGACAGCCCAGAGGUGCCGCCUAAGCGACAGCAUCCAGACUCACCCAUUGCGCCACCGCUACCACCGCGUGGCAUUACCCCCGACAAACGUGCUUCCAAUCCGCUUAUCUUCAAUGAUUUUUCCAGCACGGAAGGAGGGAGCAUACCCCGACGCCACUCGACGCAACAGCAACAUGGUCAAAAAUACUCUGUCGUAGAUAUUAGUUUCGACGAUCCCGAAGCGGAUCAGCAGCCGCACUCGUUGCCACCCAUUCUACAAGAUGUCAGUGGUGGCCAUCUAAACGUUUGCUAUGCUCCGAAUGAUUUUCGCGACUCGGGCAUUUCCACAACAAGCGAGCUUAACCAUUUGAACAAUCUAAGCGAAGAGUCCUCUUCCAAUUCCGUGAGCACAGUACAUCAUCGCGAGCACUGUCGUAUGAGCUCAGACGGCAGCAUGAAUAUGCUCUACGGUGGUGGACCCACACCCCUACACAUAACGCAGCGUGAGAGCUUUGCAAUCUCAUAUAAUGUGGAGGAUCUGCCGGUACCGCCGCCACCCAUACCGCCCAAGUCACUAACUGUGCUUGGCCUUCCCGAUAUGGGGGGCAAUGAGGAGGUGCUCGCGUCUGGCAUCCAACUCAAUCAUUCCAUAAACAACCAACACUAUCAUCAAGCACACAAUCACCAACAAUCACAACAGCAGCAGCAGCAAGAGAACGACGAAAGCAGCAGCGGCAGCAACAAAACUGAAGGCCAUAGCCAAGUGUCGCCACAGCACCUGACGCUGAAUGGUGUGGCUGCUGUCGCUGCAGCACCCGCACCUAUUGCUGCUGCUGUUCAGUCAUCGAACCAACACGAUGGCGGCACUUUUUGAGUUACAAUAUGUCGCUGCCAUCAUCCACCCGAUCAGCCGCAUCAGCCACACAAACCAUCCUCAUCUACAACGACCACGGCAUCGAAUACAGGUACGGAAACCUCUGGGUCCACUUCCCCGGCACACUCGUUGACACCACCACCACCGCCAACGAUUCUCAGGGGCAGCGACACACCCCAUCCCUAUCCAUCCCGACACUACCAGCCGAGCAGCCAAGAACUCGCUCCCUAUCAAACGCACUAUUGCCAAGACUGCCUCUCAUCGCCUUCGCCGCCUCCAACAUUCAUCACCGAGCAGGCGAUCGUGCAUGCCACGCCCACACUAACUCCGACAGCCCUCCCGCCGCACAUAGAGCACUGUUCGUGCGGCCUAAGCUUCUCGGUGCAGCAUCAGGCGACGAGCGCCAUGUCGUCGGCGGCCUCAACUCUGGAGCGGCAACUCUAUCAGCCGGCUCCUCAAGAAGAGGUACCCUACAGCUAUGCUGUUGAUCAGCUGCCAAGCUGCCAACACCAUUGCCACGCGCACACGCACAGUCAUACACAUAGCCAUGCGCAUGCGCAGACCGAUUUUCCCUACACCCAGCGCUGAGCGCAUUGCGGCCACCCGCACAAGAGUGAGAAUUCAAUUUUCUAUUUAAUUUAUCCACCAUUGGUUAUGAAUUUAAAAUUAGGUUUUGCUGUCUUCUAUCAAUGUAUCUGUAAACGAGUCCUUAGUUCAUAAUUUACAUACAUAUAUAGUAUAUGCAAUGAAUUUCUUAAUCAAUUUAUAUGAAUGUUCAUACCUCACAUUUUUCAUGAAAUGAAAUCUUCCGAUCAAUAAAUAAUGGAAAUCUGA